AUGCUGUCGUUACAUGUCUUGAUCCUUUGUGGUCUGUGGUCUAUCGGUACCAUCGCAGGGGACGUCACUCAUUGGUUCACCGAAACUUGUACAGAAACUCAAUGGGCGACACCGCCAAAGGAAGCCAUCACCUACUGGAGUACUUCCACCUGUUGGGAAACACAAUGGUCGACUGCUCCCCCUGAAACAGUUUGGACCACGGUUUGGUCAACCUCUGUGCAGCCAACGACUUAUAUUUCCGUGGAAACGACGACAUACGUAUUGGUUGACACGUCUGUCCUCACCACGACCGAGUUCCUCUACAGCACAUUCAACAACUAUUACACCGAUACUGCGACCGAGACACAAUGGUCCCAAGAGACCGAGACUGCCACAGAUACAAUUACCACCACUGAGUUCAUCUACAGCACAUUGAACAACUACUAUACCGACACAGCAACCGAGACACAAGUCUCUCAAGAGGUCGAGACCGCCACGGAUACAGUUACCACCACUGAGUUCAUCUACAGCACAUUGAACAACUACUAUACCAACACAGCGAUCGAGACACAGGUCUCUCAAGAGACCGAGACCGCCACGGAUACAGUCACCGCAACCGAAAUUGUCUACAGCACAUUGAACAACUACUUUACUGACGCGGCGACUGAGACACAGGUCUCCCAAGAGACCAUCACGGCUACUGCUACUAUCACCAGCGCGAGUGUGGUGGUGAGUGUCGAGUAUAGGACGAUUACUCAAUCUUGCACUUUUACAACUACGCCCCUCGUCGGCCUGGUCCUCUGUCCUUCCAGAACCAUCAAUCCGACGUAUACGACCUCCACUGCUCUUCCUACUGAUUACUUGUGGGGCUGUCCACCAGGAACUUUGUGCACUCCAAAGCAAAUCGAUUGCAAUUUCGAGCAAGGCCUGCCUGCGGACUCAUACUAUUGCAGUCCUGACGAUUGCAAAGUCCCGCCGCCUCUACCACCGCUCAUUGACGACGAGGAUCCCCACAACUGUACCCCGGUCAUCCCCAUCGAAGGGUACUUUGACCUCGACCCUCGCCCAUUCGGUCUGAACUACAAUAUUUUCGAAUUCAACGGCCAACCCGGGCCUAGCUGUCCAUCCACCUACAUGGGCGGAUUGGACGACUCCAAGUCCAUCUCUACCACCCCCAUUCACCGUAUGGGCACCAUCACCAUCGUUGGGAACAAAGUCCUAUGGGCAGAGCUGGAAUGA